AGAGAUCGUUUUAUUUUUUACCAAGUCAUUGUAACGUUAGCUGAUACUCACUCAGUGCACUUUAGAGCGACAAUUGAAGAACUACGCCAAAGUUUCGUUCGAGUCGAAGUAAUCGAAAUGGACGAUGCGCCAUUUAGCAGAGGAGUAGCUCUGAUGAAAGGUGCAGAGCGUGUUUCUGCUGAUGGACUGAUGUUCUUCACUGACGUUGACAUGCUGUUCACAUGUGACGCUCUUCAUCGAAUUAGGCUGAACACGAUCCUCAGCGCGCAGGUCUACUUCCCUAUUGUGUUUUCGGAAUUUUCACCUGAAAGUUGGUCAGAGAAUGAUCGCUUGCUCGCCGAUGCAUUCCAUUAUGGUAGAAGAAGAGGGUAUUUUAGACAUUUUGGUUAUGGCCUUGCAGCACUCUACAAGGCCGACUUGAUUUCAAUUGGUGGAUUUGAUACAAAAAUUGAAGGUUGGGGACUAGAAGAUGUUGAUCUUUUUGAAAAGGCCGUAAAAAGAGGCUUACGGAUAAUUCGAUCCCCCGAACCUGGUUUAGUACACAUCUACCAUCCAAUCCACUGUCCUGAAACGAUGCCUCAAGCACAACGGCAUAUGUGUCAUGGAUCAAAAGCGGCAAGCCUUGCAUCGAUUGACGCGCUGGUAGAUCAGAUAUCGCAUUACACGUAA